ACUUUUUGAUUAAUCGGUUCGGUUAAUGCAUGCUUUUUAAAACCUAAGAACAAGUAGAAACAUAUUCUCAAGGAACUUUUGAGUAUAUUUGAAACAAACACCAAUAUAGAGAGAGAUUCCGAAAGUGCCUUCCUUCCCAAAGGGGAAUAUGAGUACAAAAUCCCAUUCUUCCGCCGGAAAAGGGAAAGAACCGUCGUCCGCUUCGGGCCGGAGAUUGAAGAACAACAACAAUUCAGAUGUUGCUGAACUUGAAGAUAAGAAAGAGCUGAUCAAAACCGGGGAAAUGGUUUCUCAGAUAUCGCAUUCGUGUUUAUCAGAUCCGGAUCCGAAUUUCAACGACACGAAAUCUGAGAAUUCGCCGAUGGGAAGGGAAACAAAGGUGAAUCGUUGUGUUCAGUGUGGAUUUGGAACGAAUCAACUGUUUGUUCAGUACUCACCCGGCAAUAUACGUCUUAUGAAAUGCGGCAAUUGCGAAUCCAUUGCAGACGAAUACAUCGAGUGCGAAGCGAUGAUUGUACUAAUCGAUUUGAUACUGCACAAGCCCCAGGCCUACAGACAUUUGCUCUACAACGUACUUAAUAGAGAUCGUCUGUCUUGUCAGGAUUUAAUGUGGAAGUUCGCUCUGAGUUUUCUUCUUUUGGAUGCUUACAGGUGUAUGCUUCUGAGACUAAGUGACAUACAAGGAAAUUCAUCUUUGAGCUUUUCAUCGAUAGCUGGGAUCUGUCGAAAGACUUUGGUGGAUGUGUCUCUUGGAAAUGUCAUGUUUCUUUGUGCUCUUCUUAUCUCGUCAAGGGUAUUUCUGAGGAGCUCAGCUGGUUUCCAUUGGCACAAAGAUCUGAUCUUCGCCAUCAUUAUUUCGAGUUACUUCAAGAUCUUUCUUGUUAGCAUGACGGUCUGGGAAUUUCCAUCCACAGUGAUCUUCAUCGUUGAUUUUUUUGUUUUGUCGUCCAAUGCAGUAGCAAUUAAAGUGAUAACGGAAUCAGCUGUGAGUAGAUGCAUUGGAACUUGCUUGUGUGCUCAUGCAGCUAAGUUUUUGGCCACAAAGCUGUUUGAGAAAUGAAGUUUGAAGAUCGACAUACCUGUCACGUGAGGCCAGACCAGAAUCUAGUCAUUGUGCAACUUCAACGUCAACUUCAAAUUUGGAGGAGGGGUGGGGAUUGUGAUAUCUUAGGCAGUGAGAUUCAUGAAAACUGUUUUCAGAAUUUGGAUUGGAUAUUUCAAGUAUUUUCCAUAAUUUUACUAAUCGAUAUGAUGGCUGUGGCUCUGAAAGGAGAUAUCUUUUGCGUAAUUGUGACAAUUCUUUUUUAGUUCUACAAACGAAAUUAUACAAAA